CUGACUGGGUAGCAGCAGUCAUAGCCGGCGCAGGCACCGAGAAGCGGAGGGGGCGCAUCAUCUGAGUGAUGCCACAGCAUCCACCGCGGCUCGACAACAAAUACUGAGAGUUUAUCCCUAAACGAGGAAGAGAAAUCGCUUCAGCCUCGAAGACAGCAACUGCCGAUGAAGAUGUCUAACGCUGACAUCGUCUUAAACGCCACCGAUCGGGUGGUAAAAUCUGUCCCCUUCCCCCUAAGCCACCGUCUUACAAUGAAGGAGGUGUUUGACUGUGAAGGGAAGCCCCGUGUGGACCUCCUGAAGGCUCACCUCACCAAGGAGGGCCGCGUGGAGGAAGCUGUGGCUCUCCGGAUCAUCAACGAGGGAGCAGCUAUCCUGCGCCAAGAGAAAACUAUGCUGGACAUCGAGGCGCCGGUCACAGUGUGUGGGGACAUCCAUGGGCAAUUCUUUGACCUCAUGAAGCUGUUUGAAGUGGGAGGAUCACCAGCCACCACACGGUACCUGUUCCUUGGCGACUAUGUGGACCGUGGCUACUUCAGUAUUGAGUGUGUUUUAUACCUUUGGUCGCUGAAAAUCCUCUAUCCAAAGACACUAUUUUUACUUCGAGGAAAUCAUGAAUGUAGACAUUUGACAGAAUAUUUCACCUUCAAACAAGAAUGUAAAAUCAAGUACUCAGAGCAGGUGUAUGACUCAUGUAUGGAUGCGUUUGAUUGCCUUCCCCUGGCUGCCCUCAUGAACCAACAGUUUCUGUGUGUCCACGGUGGACUGUCACCUGAAAUACACACCUUAGAUGACAUAAAAAAGUUGGACCGGUUCAAGGAGCCACCAGCCUUUGGACCCAUGUGUGACCUGCUGUGGUCUGAUCCUCUUGAAGAUUUUGGCAAUGAGAAAACCCAGGAAUAUUUCAGCCACAACACAGUCCGAGGCUGCUCCUACUUCUACAGUUAUCCAGCUGUAUGCGAGUUCCUACAGAGUAAUAACUUAUUAUCAGUCAUCCGAGCACAUGAAGCACAAGACGCCGGCUACCGGAUGUACCGUAAGAGUCAGACCACCGGCUUCCCCUCCCUCAUUACCAUCUUCUCAGCACCAAACUACCUUGAUGUUUACAAUAACAAAGCUGCUGUUCUGAAGUACGAAAAUAACGUCAUGAACAUCCGACAGUUCAACUGCUCACCCCAUCCCUACUGGCUUCCCAACUUCAUGGACGUCUUCACCUGGUCUCUGCCCUUUGUGGGCGAGAAAGUCACAGAAAUGCUGGUGAAUGUGCUGAGUAUCUGCUCUGAUGAUGAACUCAUGAAUGAUGAAGACGAGAUCUUUGAUGCCAAUGCAGCUGCGGCACGCAAGGAGGUGAUCAGGAACAAGAUCCGUGCCAUUGGGAAGAUGGCCAAGAUGUUCUCAGUCCUCAGAGAGGAGAGUGAAAAUGUGUUGACGCUUAAGGGCCUGACGCCCACUGGCAUGCUGCCAAGCGGGGUUCUCUCUGGAGGCAAACAGACACUGCAGAGCGCCACCACUGAGGCCAUUGAAGCCAUCGAGACAGAAGCUGAGGACAGAGAAGCUAUCCGUGGCUUCUCCCCCCAGCACAAGAUCAACAGCUUCGAGGAGGCUAAGGGUCUGGACCGCAUCAACGAGCGCAUGCCUCCUCGCAAGGACGGUGUGAACCACGUGGGCCACUCCAUGGGAAAGAUGAAUAUGUCUGAAGCGAACGGCACCGAUGACAACAGCAACAUCCAGUAACGCGCUGCCUCGGUCUCAGAACCGUGCUGCUGUUGCGCUGUGCAGCAAGACAUUGCCAAAUCUGGAAAUCAGGCCUCAGAAACAUAGACAGAAAUAAAACAGGCCUACAGACAGAACAUGAAAUCUGCAGCAAAUCUCAAAUGGGUGAAAAGGUAAUUAAUUUCAUGAGAGUAAGUCAUUGCACAGGUGGGGGAGGGGGACACUUGGAUUUAGACCUUAGGGCAGGGAAGAGGAGAGGCCAGCGGGCUGCAGUUUGGCUGUUUGCCUGGAAAAGAGUAAUUGAAAGAUUUGUCUGCCUGUUGUUCCCUUUCUCAGUUCAAUUACAGACUGAAUCGGUGGGAUUUGUGUAGUUCUGAUGCUAUCAAAUGUCUGCUCCUUCGUUAUAGGGCCUGACAGACGACAUAAUUUCAGUAUCCAUGCCACACAAAUCAUUUUACUAUUUUAUUAAGAGUUUAUUAAGAGUCACUCACACAUUCACCUCAUAAGGAAAAUAGUUGUUUAUCAAUGUUUUACUAGUAUUAACAACUACAAGUCAAAUACACUUUUUAAGAAAGAACAUUUGAAAAGCAAAAUGUGAACCUCUUACAACUUGCAGUGCACUUUUGCCAGAGGACUUUAUUUAUUGAUUUAUCUUGUGGUAAGAUGUCAUCACGCUGCGAGGGGAAGAGGAUAGGGUGCUCAGCGCUCACAUGUGCUUGGCUCUUGCCUGUCCACCAAAACCACUGCAGUCUGACAUCAAAGUCUACCCUGGAUGUCUCCAAACUUUACGCUGCUGCUCCUUUCUUCCCCUCACCCAUAACCACUUGCUUCUACGAAGAAAUAACUUGGGGAUCAUGAGGGAGGAAAGGGAAAGAGAAGAAAUGACAGGGGGAAACUGUUCCACUUAUGUACCUCAGCAUCACAGAUACAACAUCAAAAUCUAAUAUCAGAAAAAGUCCUAAAAGCUUUUUAUUCUCUAUGUUUCAAGAUGCAACAUGAUCCAAGUAAGUGAAUCUCAAAGGGGAUUUUAUCAAUAUCAUCCAGAAAUUCAGUUUUUUCCUCUAUAUUAAUUGUUUAAUUGCCACACAUGUGAGAAGUGUGGCUUCUGAUGGAGCUAUAAUUGGCCCAUGUCCAGCAAUCAUGUAAUUCGCUUUAUGGAGAGGAUACACUCGAGCAUCCUCCGCUGAAGGAGGCUUCAGGCAAUGCAGGUUUUCCCAUCUCUGCUGCUGCUGGGACUGCAGGCAGCAUCGAUUCCCAGAUCACAAAGGAAAAGACGAGGUGGCAGAGGAAAGAAGGAGUGAUUUGGAGCUUUGGGAUGGACCCCUGCUGUCGCACACUACCUGAAUAUUUCUCACCUGCUUGCCACUAAAGAGCAAGAAUAGAUAUAAAUAUACAAUGUAUGUGCAGUCACUCAGAUAUGCAUUAAUGCCCUUUUAUUUUUUGCACAUUAUGUUGUGCAACAAAAUAAUUUAAAGACACACAGAGUGGGAUUCUACACACAAGACCCCCACAAAGUACUUUAUCAAAGUGAGAAGGAAAUUCUACAAAUUUGUGAAUGCAUUAAGUCAAACUAUCUAUUUGAAAAAGCAUUUAGUCCCCACCAACCACAGUGGUAUUGUUUGGGCUCAAAGACACAGGCUCACAUUCAAACUUUACUGGAUAUUUCAGAUCUUGUGACACUUGGACUUUCUCAUUAGCUUGCAAUGUUGGUGAUUUGUUAAAUGUGUGCCUCUUUAAAGAACAAAUCUAAGAUCAGUUCCCUUUAGUAGCCCAUAUCUAAAUGGCAUUUAUGGUUGGACUGUCUUCAUGAUCCUUGAGCACAGUGUGGAAGAAGCAGCUGCUUUAUGGACGACAUCCAAGUGCUGGAUCUGAUAUUCCAUAGAAGCCUAAUUUAUCAUCAUGCCUCAUUGCUUUUCAGUACAUAUUCUCUUAUCUAAUUUUAAUAUGGAAGCCACUGGAGAAUCAGGACAAGAAAAAAAAACACCCUCAUUAUUUUCACAUUAUUGGCAGAGUAAUUGUUUUUUCCUGCCUGAAACCUCCAUAACAGGAUUUGAAUCUCAUUCAUAAAUGAAGCAUUUAUCCCCAUAUUUGCACUGUGUCUGUAUAUUAUGAUGAAGAGUACACCUAUAUCGUAAAACAUGAAGUUGCACUGAGGGGGGUUUUGCCGGCUAAUAUAAAAAGCCAAGUGGAAUUAUAUCAGCAUAUACUUUGCUUCUGAACAGGAAAUGUUCUUAAAAAUGAAUUAAUAAAUCCCUAAAGAGGGCUGAGUCACAUAUGAUGUGAAAUCUUGUGGAAGAAUGGGACCUGUGAAGCACCGAGCUCAAGUGACACACGCUACCAUAUAAAUUUAUAGAAUUUCCUUUCAAACAUGAAUAUUUUUUGUACUUUAUGUUCUUUCUAUUUAAUCAAUCAUGAGUAUGUUUAUUAUAAGGAUGGACAAAAACAAAAACAGUGACUUUUAACACAGCAUCUACGGUAUGGAACGCAUCAGUGCAUGCAAUUAAGUUCCUAAUUGUUAUGUGAGAUUAUAAUUGUGAUAAUUGUGUUUCAAAAUAGUAAACUUGAAUUAUUUUAUUUUUGAAUUUGUAAAGUUAUAUUUGUCUUGUUUUAUACAUAUUUUUAUGGGGCUUCCUUUGAUUGUUUUGUCCAUUAUUUUUCAUUCUAUUAUUUAUUACCACUGGUUUUAUUUUUAUAUUGCAUUGUUGUAUGCAGAGAUGCCCUUCUAAGGUGUGAAGCCUUGUGUUUUUUUUUUUCUUUCUGUUCUGUUGAUGUACAGAAGAUGUUCAAUAGUGUGAAUGAACAUAAUCUCAGUGAAAAGCAACAUUCAGGCUGCCAAAGCAUGAUAGCAUGGUUUUCAGAUUUAAAUGAACUGGACACAGUGAAAAUCAUGUGUCGCACUUACUUUAAAAAGAAGACAUUAUAUUCUGACUGUAUUUAUUGCUGAUACUCUUAUUAUUGUUACAAUUUAGCUUAUGAUUAUUUUUCCUCCCACUGUUCUCUGGUUCUUGUAUAGUCUAUAUGAAUAUUUCAAAAAACAAAUAUCAUGGAUUUUAUCUUGCAACACUUUUUUCUUAUUAUGUCUGGAAAUAGGUUUUGGCAUUUGACUUCCUAAAUGAUACACACAUUGUAAGCAUGCCCUAUGGGACAAAUCACAUUUUUUUACUCUUGAAUAAAAUAUGCAUGAA